AAAAACAGACACCUUUCUCGGCUAAGCUAAACCUCACCUCACUCGCUCCACACCUCAGAGCAGAGGAUAGAUAAACCCAAACCCCUGCGCCUCCAUUCGAACCAAACCCGAGCCGCCGCCCGCGGAAUCCAAACUUUUUUCCCUCCCUUCCCCGCGCGAUCAAGCGAUUGCUUGAUCAAGCCAUCGGAGCAGUAGUGGCCGAUCGGCGUAGCGGCAGCGAUCGAUCCAUAGAUGUCGCCGGCGGAGAUGGUCCAGGUGGAGGCGGCGGCGGAUCCUGAGGAGCGCGCCGCCUCCGGCGACCCCAAGGCCUGCGACGACUGCAACACCACCAAGACGCCGCUCUGGCGCGGCGGACCCAACGGACCAAAGUCGCUGUGCAACGCUUGCGGGAUCCGGUACCGGAAGAGGCGGCGGGUGGCCAUGGGGCUCGACCCGGAGGCCAAGCGGAAGCCCAAGAGGGACGACGCCAUCAAGGCUGCCGUUGCCGCAGCCGAGGCCGCCCAGGCUUCUAGCAAGGAGGAGGAGGAGGAGGAGGAGGACAAGGCCAAGGCCGGCGAGGAGAAGGCCGGCGAGGAGAAGGCGAGCAAGAAGACUAAGGCGAGGACGACGCACACCGUUGAGCUCCACAUGGUGGGCUUUGCCAAGGACGCGGUGCUGAAGCAGCAGCGGCGGCGGCGACAGAUGCGGCGGAGGAAGCCGUCGUGCCUGGGCGAGGAGGAGCGGGCCGCCAUUCUCCUCAUGUCGCUCUCAUCAGGCGUAAUAUACGCCUGAUCCAUCCUUGAUCGAUCGAUCCCUGAUGAAUAUGAAGAGGUGUUGUUGGCAUCAAAUCAAAUAAUCAUCUAUGCUAUGCUAUGCUAUAUGAUGAUGAUGAUGUAGUGGUAGAUGAGCAACCUACCUACCUACCUACCUGUGUUGGUUGCUGCUGCUUACCGUUGGUUCUUUGGUUCCUAGCUAGCUAGUGAGUACCCUGUGCUGUGACUGUUUGUUUGUUCUAAUUAUGUACCGUCUGACUUAAUCUGCAAUGCAAAGUGACAAGGACAAGUCAAGUCAA